AAGCCGGAUUACUGAAAGAAAUCCAGGACAUGUUGAUCUUGCUUCGUAGUACAGGCCUCAGGCUUAUCAGGUUACCACAGAGAAAUAAUAUACCAAACACAAAUUUCAUACUUUUUGUGUUAAGUUUAGUUGUUUUCUGCUAUAUUAUUUUUUGAUUUUACAGCCCCUUUAAGUAAAUGUUUUAACAGAGAACAAGUUGCAAUAAACACUAUAUGCAACAUAUUGUGUUAAGUCAAUGAUUUUAGCUUGAGGUGACAAUUUCACUAUUUGCGAACUUUGCCUCACACUCUGUUACCAAUAAAUUAAAACCUGAACUGCUUCAACAGAAGAGUGGGCUGGACUGGCUUUAGCCAAAAGAGGCCCACCAGCCAGGCCGCCACUUUCGCCAGUAGCCUCACAAGAGGAUGUUGUGGUUUUUUUGUGAUAUUUCACUUUAGGAUUUUUCACUUUGAGUAGCAGGACAACAUUUAGUGCAACUCCUGUCAUUUUUGAUCAUUUCUCAAUACAUUGUUGCCCAAAUUUUAGAUAUAUUCUAAAAAUGCAAUUAAGUUAAUUUAUCUAUAUAAUCUACUGUAAGUAGUUGUCAGUAGCUCUUAUUUUGAGCUUUUUACUAGUAACCACACAGCACUAAACACACAAGUUUAUAUUUCAACAUGAGUGUGAAUUUUGUUGAAUCCACAGAAAUGAUGGGAUAUGUUACAUUUGAAUGAAGAGCAGAACCCAAAUGCAGACAUAACACAGGGGCAGAGUGUGAAUCAACAGGUUUAUUUAAAGUACUCAAGUACAAGUCCAAGUUUCCAGAAAGGGGAAAAGCAGGUUGAGGUCUCCAGGGAGGCAAACAGGUCCAGUGGGUUCCGGGCAGGAUUGGUUCCAUCAGAGUAAUACAGUUGGUCGACUAGUGGUGAGGUAACUGUAGCAGCAGUCAUGUUCCAAUAGUAGCUGCGGUACAAGAGAAAGGAUCAGGACAGGCAAAUAUAAAAAUACCAAAACAGAUAGCCAGGUUUGCCAGGAGCGAGACUAACUGUGGUUGUCUUGACUAUGAUCUGACGCAGAUUAGACGAAUGACCGGGUAUAUGAAGCAGAGGUUGAUUGUAGUAGAUGAGAUGCAGCUGGAACCCUGACUCCCACACACCGGACUCAGCUCCUGUAAUUAGGACAGACAGAGGGGAGGGAGAGAGGAGAGACAGAAGAGCUAUCUAGGAGCAGCAGGCCUAACAGAGUAACCCUUUCACAAAAUCCUUACUCAGAAACAGCAGCAGAAAGGAUACAGAAAUACAUCGUAAAGAGACAUUACUGAAGAAGCAGUAAGUUUAGCCAAUAACUUCACAAUCAUAUUCCUUGUUGCACACAGAAUACUGAACAACUUCAAGGAGCAGGAUUCCCAAGGUGGAGGAUUUGACAUUAAUCAGUCUUUCGUUGACAUGAUGUCUGAUGUCCACAUGUGGGACUCCACCCUCUCCCCCUGUGAGAACCAGAGCUACCUGGAUGAUCUAUUGGCUUCACUCCAGGGAAUGUGCUCAACUGGAGGGCGCUGGAGGUCCAGAUUACAGACAAAGUGUUGACAGAAGAUAAAUAAAUGACCUGAUGGCUUUUUUGCUGCUGUUGGUGACACUGACAGCAUGUGCUGCAAGUCCUCAAGAUCUGUCAGGUAAAAUGUUCACCUUUCCGCAAGAAACCAACACAGCUCGUGUGAUUCUGACACCAUCACCAAUACAGGAAUUGAGGGCUGUAACCGUCUGUCACAGGUCCUUUACAGACCUCAAACGAGACCACGCCCUUUUCUCUUUGGCCACACAAACUUAUACCAAUGCCUUCAUGAUUCAAUGGGACGAAACGAACAAGGAAGUGCAGCCCCAUAUCGGGGAUACAAAGACAUAUUAUAGAGGGAAGGACUACAAACCGAACAUGUGGCACUCCGUUUGUACCACAUGGGACUCUGCGUCUGGACUGGUGCAGCUGUGGUUUGAUGGACAACCUUCGAUGAGGAAAUAUGUCAGCUUUGGAGCAAUCAGAGGAUCCCCCAUCAUUAUCUUAGGACAGGAGCAGGAUGCCCAUGGUGGGGGGUUUGACCUGAAGCAGUGUUUCGUUGGCAUGAUGUCUGAUGUCCACAUGUGGGACUACACCCUCUCCCCAUGUGAGAUGCAGAAGUAUGUGGAUGAUCUAAACUUCACUCCAGGGAAUGUGCUCAACUGGAGGGCGAUGGAGUUCCAGAUUAUAGGCCGAGUGCUGAUAGAAGAUAAACUAAUGACCUGUCACUAAAAUUUUAAACAAUACCAUCUAUAUAUUAGAAAGGCAGACAUCCCAUUUUCUGCACUUUUAUGUUUAAUGUAAAGUAUAAGUUACCAAUGUCAGUAUGCUAUGUUAAAUCAGUUUGUAAAAGGACCUUUUCUGAUUUAUCUUAAUACAACAAUUACAUGAAAGAAUUA